AUGAUCAACAGGCAGUGGCCACAGCGCGGUCCGCAGGCGGGCCGUGGCGUGAUUCACUACUACGUGGAUCCGACGGUCCCGGAGCCCUUCCAGGCGGCCACGAAGGAUCGGGGCGUGCUCCUGUGGCAGCCUGCGUUCGCGGCCGUGGGCCUCGAGAUCCAGGCGCACACGCGCGGCGAUCCGGACUGGCCCAAGGACUACGACGUGGCCGACAUCUCGGCUUCAACACCAUAUCUUGGGCAGCCGGCGAUGGGGAGAACGUCUUUGCCAUUUCGAAGUCCGUCGUCGACCCGCGCUCUGGCGAGAUCCUGA